UUCACCAUGAUCGUCAUGUUGAUCACUGCAUAACUUUGAAUGCAAGCAACAAGUAUUGAGCUAAGAAUGGGUGAAUCAAGAUAUAUAAUUGUUGCAUAGAGCAAGCAACAUGUAGAACAAGUUAGAAUAUGUUCCUUAAUUAAUUUGCUCAUCACACAUGAUUCCAUUACUUUUAACAAAGAGAUAUGUGCCUUUCUUGAUGCAUGAUGGAUAAGUUAUCCAUAUUCUCUGCUGCUACUACUAUAUAUAGAGGUGAGUAUGUAAAUACAUGUUAUUAACGAAAACCAAAUACUAAAAUGGCAGAAAUAGCAGUAAACCUUGUUGUUGACAAACUAAUCCCAUUACUCAAAAGUGAGGCAAAGUUGCUGAGUGGCGUGCGUGGCCAAAUCGAAAGCAUCAGCAACGAUCUACGGCUGAUGCGAGCAUAUCUCAGGGAUGUAGAUGCAAAGGCGGAGAUGGAGGCACAGAACUCUGAUCAGAGCAGAAAGGAGUGGGUUGCUCAAAUCAGACAAGUUUCCAUCCGCAUUCAAGAUGUGAUCGACCUUUACUUGUACAAGGUGGCCAACAAUGAUGAUGACGACCACCACAAUCCCCGCCGUGGACGGCGAAACGCCGUUGCUGGGGUUCUGUGCAAAAUUUGUGACUUGCUCAAAAGUUGUGUACCCCGCCAUGAGAUUGCAUCUGAGAUUGGCGAAAUCAGAGAGUCAAUAAACAGACUCAAGGAAGCAAGACAAUUGUACGGCGACUCCAAUGCUGCUGCAGAAUCAAGCGGCGGUCGCAGUUCAUCACCGCAACGGCAUUACCUUCGACUGCAAGCCAAUUUUGCUGAAGAAGAAGAGCUUGUGGGGAUUGAACAUGCCAAGAAAGAGCUCACCAACUGGCUCUCAGAAGGCGCUGCUGGUCGCACAGUCAUCGCUGUGGUGGGCGAAGGCGGACUUGGUAAAACGACUCUGGUGAGAAAUGUAUACAAGCAAGAACAACAAAAGCACUCUUUUGAUUGUUAUGGGUGGGUGGAUGUAUCUCGCUCACUCAAAGGAGUGCAGUUGUUCAAGACUUUGCUGCGGAGCUUUCAUGAUAUGAAAGAAAGCAAUGUGGACAAGAACCUUCAUGCUUUGAUUGAAGAUACAAGAGAAUACUUGGAAGGAAAGAAGUACUUAAUAGUACUUGAUGAUGUUUGGGAGACAGAUCUAUGGGGAGUUGUGGAAUUGGCAUUACCGAAAAAGAAUGGAAUGAUAAUGAUUACAACAAGAUACAUGGGUGUUGCUGAUUCUUGCAAAGUGUCAGCAAAAGUUCAUACCUACCCAUUGAAGCCUCUAGAACUCAAAAAUGCCUUGAGACUCUUCCAUUCGAAGGCAUUUCAAUCUGGUUCCAAGAAUCCGUCAGAAGAGUUGAUGAAACUAUCUGAAGAGUUCACAAAAAAGUGUGAUGGUGUGCCACUUGCAAUUGUGGCUAUAGCUUCUCUUCUGUCAACCAAGAAAGAAAGAGUCUCAGAAUGGAAGGCGGUGUACAACAGCCUUCAAUCAAAGCUUGCAAACGAUUCUCAUCUUAAAGGUUACCAUCAGGCACUGUCAGAAAGCUAUCAGGAUCUUAGUUACCACCUCAAGUCAUGUCUCUUGUACUUUGGCCUAUUUCCCGAGCAAUACGCAAUCAAGAGGGCAAGGCUCAUCAAUUUGUGGAUAGCUGAAGGGUUUGUGGAGUGCAGAGAGCACCAAACUCAACAAGAAGUUGGAGAAGAGUACUUAGCUGAGCUCAUUGCUAGGAGCUUGGUUAAGGUAGCUGAUGUGAACAUUUACAGCAGAGUUAGAAAGUGUAGAGUUCAUGAUUUGAUGCAUGACUUCAUUGUCAAGAAAUGCGAAGAGUUCAACUUCUGCCAAGUGAAGAAAGGUAACCCGUUUUGUUUUGAUAAAUGGAGUAGACGUUUAUCAAUUGGCACAAAUGUUGACUUUGCUGAUCUGAGAACAAGUGCUGAUAGAAACCAAUGUAGCUUGUUGCGUUCUUUCCUUCUUUAUGAUAUUAUAGAUGAGGAGGAAAUGAUAAGCACUUUUGUGAACUCACUUUUCUCUAAUUUCAAGCUCUUGGUGACACUGCACUUUGAAAACAUACCACUUGGUCAUCUUCCAGAAACAAUUGGAAACUUUGUCCACUUGAAAUACUUAAAUUUAAGAGAUACCAACAUUGAGACCAUCCCCAAAUCCAUCGGAAAGCUCCGAAACCUGGAGACUCUUGACCUAAAAGAGACCAAUGUGAGUGAUCUUCCGGUGGAGAUUUACUCACUUACAAAGCUGUGUUAUCUUAAUGUGCGUACAAAAAGGAGGGAAGAUGUGAAAUUAAAGAGAGGGGUUGCAAAUUUAACGGCCCUACAAAAAUUAGCCUGGGUUGAUGCAAGUGAUGUUGUUGAGGAACUGAAGAAUUUAAAGCAAUUGAGGAGUUUGAAGAUCGAAAAUGUUGUUAGAAAGGAUGAAAUGGGGUUGUGCAAUGCUAUAGAGAGCAUGACCAAUCUAUGCUCAUUGUUGAUAAUUGCCAAAGACAAUGAAAUCAUUGAAUUGGAGUCACUAACUAGUCCUCCUCGACACCUUGAGCGUCUUUACUUAUUUGGAGGUUAUCCAGAGAAAAAGGUGCCAGAUUGGGUUUUUAGACUCGAAAAUCUAAUCAAGUUGGAGUUGGUAAGGUUUAAAUUCACACAAGAUCAAUUGUGUUUUGUAGGGUGCCACCUGCCAGAAUUGAUGCGACUUUAUGUCCAGUCAUUCGAGGGUGAUGAAUUAAACAUCCAAAAGGGGUGGUUCCGAAAACUACAAUCACUCGAACUAGGGGGUCCAAUAUUAAAAACUAUUAGAAUAGAUGAAGGAUCACUGCCUUGCCUCCAACACCUUGCCCUCCCAGUUGGGACUCUGAAGUCAAAAACAGUACAAGUGCCAGGUCAUGUUCGGAGGGAAUGGAUUAUCCAACCUCUCAUACCCAUUAUCUCCAUGAUGAGUUGCUCCUAGCCCCAUACACAACAAAUUAAGAAUAAAGAGAGGGUUGCUUUUACACUAUGAAUCAGUGAUUUGUGAUUUAAUAAAAUAAUAGUAAUGACUAUGUUUGAUUGAAUUUCUCGCCGAUUUUUAAUAUUUUGGGGUACUUAUGAUGGUCAAAGAAUCUUUGACUUUAACUCAUAUUUGUCCCAAUUGGGAUUAUUGACCCGAUUAUUAAAGGAAAAGUAUAGGUAAACAAUAAAAAUAUUAAAUAAUGUAAACAAUAGAUAUAUUAGAUGUUCAUUUUUUUAGUGUACGGAUGCUUAUUUUAAUAUUAAAAUUUAGAGGAUUAAUUUAGAGGUGUAAUAUAUUUUUAUUUGAUUGGUGGUUAUUCAUAUUGUUC